AUGAGCUUCGAGGAAGUUAAGAAGGAUGUAGAACCCAAGGAUGAUGCCGUACCAGUCAGGAGGGAGAAAUCUGGCAAUGUAGCCAGUCUUGUGCAGCGUAUGAGCAGCUAUGGCCUUCCAGCAGGAGGAUUUCAGCCUCAUCCCCCGUCCAAAGGCUUCAAGAAAAGGUCUAAGAAGCGGCAGUGCAAAGUGCUCUUCGAAUACGUCCCGCAGAACGACGAUGAGCUGGAACUCAAGCUGGGGGAUGUGAUUGACAUCAACGAAGAGGUAGAAGAAGGCUGGUGGAGUGGAACGCUGAAUGGCAAGCUGGGGUUGUUUCCUUCAAACUUCGUGAAAGAAUUGGAAUUGACAGAUGAUGGAGAAACACAGGACCCUCUGGAUGACACAGAGUCUGUUUUCAGUGGUCCUACCUCACCUGUGGCUUCUCCAGGAAAUGGGAGCGAACCUGGAUCUGGACCAGCACAGCCAAAGAAAAUCCGAGGUAUUGGAUUUGGAGAUAUUUUUAAAGAAGGCUCAGUGAAACUUAAGACAAGAUUAUCCAGUAAUGAAUCGGAAGAUAAAAAGCAAGAUAAGCCAUUACCUAACCAUCCCCCUGGAACAAAGCUAGUUCAUUUUCCCAGUACAACAAAACCUGAAAACUCAUCAGAAGUAGUAAAAUCAGAAGCUGAAAGUAAACCAAAAGCCAAGGAGUAUUGCAGGACAGUAUUUUCCUAUGAAGGCUCAAAUGAUGAACUCAGCUUUAAAGAAGGCGAGAUCAUUCAAAUAAUCAGUAAGGACACUGGAGAGCCAGGCUGGUGGAAAGGAGAACUCAAUGGUAAAGAAGGAGUCUUCCCAGAUAAUUUUGCUGUUCAAAUACAAGAGUCUGAUAAAGACUUCCCUAAGCCAAAGAAACCUCCACCUCCAGUUAAAAGCUCAGCUCCAAAGCCUGAAUUGCCAGCUGGAGAGAAGAAAUUCCCUUCUUCGAGGCCUGAAGAAAAAGGUGAGACCAAUCUAAUGGAGAAGCCUUUGAAGCCACAAGCUCCUCAAGUACCACCCAAGAAGCCUAUUCCUCCAAGCAAGACUAACAGCUUACUGAGAGCAGGGCUUCUGCACCCAAAACGCCCAGAUAAACCUGUUUUGCCGUCACCUGUAUCCAA